CCAGCCUUCUCGUCCCUCACCACCCCGCCACCCUCUUUUUCUCUCUGAGCCCUGGUGGACAAUGUCUAGUCUCGUUUAUCCCUCAGCGUUCGCCGCGGAGGAUCAAACCUCGGCCACCGCGGACUCUACAGUAACGGCCGAGAGCAAAGCCGUCGUCGCCCCGACUCUUUCAUCUGCCGCCCCUGCCGUUCAGUUGACAGAUGGUCUCGCAGCUUUGCUCUGCCAUGCAUCGUUUCUGGGGGAAGGCCUUCGCCGAUAUAAUGGCCGGCAGUCCACAUUCUCCAACCCACAGCACCAUGGACGUAUCGUGGAGAAGACCAGGAUUGGCGCGGGCUUGUCAUUUAUUGUCCAUCGUGUGAUCCUCGAAGCGUCUGACGGCCCGGGCAAAACCGUCGUCAUCAAGACGGUAAGAGAUGACCAAGACAGACAAGGCCAAUGGCAAGACGUCCUGCUCGAGAUUCGAGCCUUGAUGCACAAGCCGAUCCACUACCAUCCCAACAUCGUACGGCUCCUCGACAUCCGGUGGGACUCGUCAACCGACACUGGCUCCCCAUUCCCUGCCCUGGUCCAGGAGUUCGCGGCUUUCGGAACACUUGACAAGAUCCAGAAGGACCUCCGACCUCUUCCAUUCAGCAUCAAGCAGAAGCUGUGCUACGAUGUCGGACGUGGCUUGUCCAUCAUCCACGCCUGUGGCAUGGUCCACGGGGAUCUGAAGCACGAGAACGUGCUCGUCUUCGCCAAUCGAUACGCCGAGCCGUCGAACCAGCCGUUCACCGCCAAGCUGGCCGACUUUGGUGGAACCGUCAUGGACAUGAGCCGCGAUGGAACCGGCACUCAUCGUGUCCGCAUGCACACCUUCCCCUACGAGGCUCCAGAAAUCGGCGACAAGCUGUCGGCAGACGGCGCCAAGAAGACGGACGCAUUCUCUUACGGCAUUUUCUCUCUUGCCACGGCGGCACUGAGAUACAAUUUGCGCGGAAAUCCGGCACACAGGGCCCUCGACCGCGCUCUAGCGCGCAUGCGAGGUCUGGACGCUGUCCAGGCCCAUCUGUAUGCCGACAUCAAGGACAAAGCCAAUGCCGCCAUCUUGGACGACGCGGAGCACGAAAGGGGACCGCCGGGCCAGCAGAGAAUAGCCCUCGACAAGACAGGCUUUGUGAUUGGGAGCAUGGGGGACGACUAUGAUGCCCAGAUCAACCUCCCCGGAUUUCGUCCCGAUCUUCCACAUCCGCCCGCCAUGCGUGCUACUGGCUUCACAGAGCAGCAGAGUACAGCCAUCGCCAUAGUGUGCAGGGUCCACGAGGCGUUUACUGUUCAAAAUCCCGACCCUGAAGAGAUACGGUUCAAGCGCUAUCUCCGCUGGGGGAUUGAACGCGGGUUUCGACACUGCAUCGACGAGGCCAAGAGUCUUAUCGAGACUAGUAAUGCUGACGACGCCGCCAAAUCCGAAUGGAACAGACUCUCCAGAAACGCCAUAGCCAGCUACCGAAUGGGGACCAGCUCUACAGGGAUGCUCUUUUUCCGUGCACCGCAGCUGCUCGGCAACUGGUCCGUUAAACACAUGGAGGACCCGGAGCUCCUCGAGGCUAAAAUCGAACAGAUCCUUGGGCCCAGCUAUGGCUCGUGUCUCUGGAUAAACGCUCCCGCAGAAAGAUCGCCCGACGACCCAGCGAUCAGCCUCAGAGGCGAGGGGCAAAAUCGCUUCGACCGCAUAUACGUCAACAAGUGGGGCCACGGACUCUUGCACAUGGCUGCCUCUCUCGGGCGGCUUGAAAUGCUGAAGCACCUGUAUGAGAUGUACACGUGUGACCUCAACCUGCAGGCGCAGCGAACCCGGGACACGCCUCUUGUGUGUGCCUGCCGCUCGGCAUGGCUAGACUGCGUCCUGUACUGUCUCGAGAAGGGCGCAGAUCCGGACGGCCACGAGUAUACCGGGGACCCGCCGUUGCACUGCAUCAGCUCCUUUAGCUCGGAAGGCGAGAUGGAAGAGGUCGUGUCGAGACUCGUGCACGCAGGCGCCGAUUUGGAGAAGUCGUCGGAUCGAAAGAGGGGCUUAUAUGUUGCGGACUGGGACGAGACUCUGGGGCUGAAGGUGACGCCCUUGGGAAGGGCGGUUUUCAUGCAAAGUCUGCCAGCGGUGCGGGUUCUCCUAAAGCACGGGACGAAUCCUCUGGAGAAGAGGCCAGAGAUUGGUAUAUGGCUGUCUCCGAUUGAGCUGGCGGUGAUCUUGACGCUGCCAGAUAUCCUCGAGGAGCUGCUGGAUGCCCUCGACCGCACGAAUCCCAAGCAAGACCAAGACGUCCUGGACGAGUGUGCCAUGCUCGAGAUGGCACGCAUGGAGAAGCUGGCCGAGUUUGACGUUCUUUCAAUGCAAAGUAGGGUCGUCCGGUGCGGAGCUCACUACAAGGACUGGCUGAGGAGGACCAUGGCCAUAUUGAGCGCUCGCAGCCAGAGGCUGUCGAAGACUUCUCCGGCGCUCGCUGGUCAACAGCGGCAUCCUCCGGGACGUCAGAUGUGCGAGGAAAUACGCCUGGGAAAUGUCGAGAUUGUCGAGAUUCUUCUUGACCUGGGCCAUCCUGUCGAGGGUUCCCCAGGCUGCCGGCCUAUCGAGGUCGCCGUGCUCGAGAAUACUUCGACAUCUUCCAAUUGCUUACUAGCCGAGGCUCGCCUUUGUCUGUCCCCGAUCACGCCUCUUCUCUUCUUGUAUCUCCUGGAUAAGACCGAUGGCCCCGUUGAUCCUGUCGACCAGCCGUCACCGCUGGCCUGGGCUAUCGGCAGCGGUUACUAUGACCUCGCCGAUCUUCUUAUCUCAAGAGGGGCUGGGCAGAGUUUGAACUGCCUUCAUUCCCGAGCCGGCGGCGCGAGUGAUUUGAGCUCGUUGCUAGGUCUUAUGACGGAACAGCACAAGCCAGCAAACCUCCGAGGGGUCAAGUACCUGGCUGCCCUCCACAACCGCAAAGACAGCAUGAUACGGCUCUCACCUCUCGCUAUUAGGUCAUUUAACGGGAUAGGGAUAUCGGUCAUUCACACGCUCGUGGCCAAUAUGAGUGGACAAGGGAGUAGUCAUGGCCAGAUCUCCGCAUCCAUCCUGCAGAGUGUGCUCGAGAUGUUCCCUGACCCGCCAAGUCUCGGAGAUCUGUACGUCCACAAAGAAGCGACAACGCCACUUGGUUUCGCAGUCAUGGCCGGGCACAUGGAGGCGUUCGACCAACUCAUGGCGUCCGAGUACCGCCGAGGUUGGAACGAGACCAUGUACAUAUCGCAGGUAGAUACCUCUACACCACCGACGGCGAUGAAACCGCGGCAGCAGAAACAAGCGGACGGGGCGGCCAAAUCCGACGGCGAAACUGGCAUGAUGGCCUCGCCAUCACCACCAGCGAGGUGCCACCCAGCCUAGCCAUAAAUCUCGUCCAUCUUGCUACCAGAGUUCAGCGCUGGCACCAAUCC